AUGAACAUUUUACACUCAACGCUAUCGACCUGGCGGGACCGUCUGGCUCCGGUCUCUCGCACUUCAACUUUCCGCGCAACCGGCCAAAUCACCCCGGAGGAGUUCGUCCUCGCUGGCGACUAUCUCGUCUACAAGUUUCCCACAUGGUCCUGGGCCGAUGCAUCAAGCCCCGCCAAGCGGGUGUCUUAUCUACCACCUGGGAAGCAGUUCCUCGUUACUCGCGGCGUGCCGUGUCAUCGGCGGUUGAAUGAUAACUUUGCCGGGGAUGCGGGACAUGAGGAUGAGAUCGUGAGGGAUAUGCUAGCUGGGGAUGGUGGCGAGGGCGCAUCGGGCGGGGAUGGAGAUGAUGGGUGGCUCCGGACUGGAGGGGGCCGGGAGACUGUUGCAGAUCGUGAGAUGCAAGAGGCCAAGAUUCGCGAUGUACGGACGGUAGAUGAAUCUGGCAACCUUGGAGAACAAGAGGAGGAGGAGGAGAUCCCGGAUAUGGAAGAUGACGAUGACGACGAGGAGGCGAUUAUUCGUGAGCCUGCUGGACAGUCUGGGACGACACAGCCCCUCCGCACUUAUACCCUCUAUAUCACAUACUCAAACUUCUACCGCACACCACGGCUUUACCUCUCAGGCUAUCUGUCCCCGUCCGAGCCCCUCCCUCCACACCUAAUGAUGGAGGACAUCGUCGGCGACUACAAGGACAAGACCGUGACACUGGAGGACUUCCCGUGGUUCGACGGCAGCGUCAAGAUGGCCACCGUCCAUCCCUGCCGCCACGCCUCCGUCAUGAAGACCAUGCUCGACCGCGCCGAUACCGCUCUCAAGCGCCGCCUGGAAAAGCUGAAGCAGACCCAGUCGCCCGAGCAGGCAAAUCGCACCCUGCAGACUGGUGGAAGCAGCGGUCUCGAGGGGCUGGUCGAUGAUACCAAGGGCUUGUCACUGAGUGAACAUGCCCAGCAGCAGCAGUCUGGAGGCGAUGAGUGGGAAGUCCUACAAGCUGACGAGGAGGAGCAGGUUGCUAUCCGUGUGGAUCAGUACCUCGUUGUAUUCCUCAAGUUCAUCGCCAGUGUUACGCCUGGUAUUGAACACGACCACACGAUGGGAGUCUAA